ACGACACAGAGGGAGGAAAACAGGGAUUUCCUCAACAAAAAUGGCGAGGAUUUUGUUUUUAAUGGUUUUGUUUUGACACUUUAUACGACACAAUUUCACCGUAUAUCCUAUUUACAGUUGCAUUUAAAAUUACCCAAACCUCUUCCGUGGGUAUAUUUGUCGGCACAUGUAUAAUCGGACACAGUAGUGAUACAGAACAUGAAGGUAAAUAUCCUCAGACUGUCGGCAGGUCUUGUUCGCAGAUGAAACGAUAAUAAGAGAAUACUUUUGAAGCAUUAUAAAUCCCCCUUUUUUUGCCCCAUCGGAGUAAGUAGAGAUCAGAGAUUAAAUCGAGAACUGUUCAAAGUCCUACAACCUGUUGAAAGGAGGAUUGGAUCGAAGUUCAUUUUAGCACGGGUUACCGGGUUUCACCUUUCCCUCACAUGAUGAAAUAAUGCUUUGUCACCUAUACACGGCUCUGACUGUCACAUCCACCUAGUGGGUUGCAGCCGUUCAACAUGGGUAAGUUGUAAGAACCCAGAAACAUUUGAGCGGAUGAUCUUAUUUUACUGAAAGGGCGAGAGCGAGGGGAAUGAAUGAGAAUCCGGAUUACAUCUAAUUAAGAUCUAAUGAAGUGAUUUGAAUCAUGGAUCCCGCAACGAAGCAGAAGGUGAUUUACAUCACCUACCUCAUCGCAGCUCUGGACAUCACCUGGCUCUUCCUGCAGUUCUCCAUAACGCCGUAUUUGGCGAGGAGACUCGGGUUCGACACUAUUUGGUUCGGGUAUCUGCAGACCACAGUUGGAGUGAUUCAGCUGCUUGGAGGCCCUAUUUAUGGAAGGUUUGCAGAUGUGUUCGGAGCACGUGCAGCUCUCUCUACAUCCUGCUUGGCAUCAGUGGUUUAUUUCAUACUAUUGACAAUGGCAGACAGCACUUUUAUGCUUUUUAUACACAAGCUACCUGCUGUGUUCAUGCACGUACUACCAGGAGCUCAAAUGGUGGUAGCAGAUCUGUCAGAGAGUGAAAAGCGGGCAGAUGCUCUUGGGAAACUCGGCCUCUGUUUUGGCAUUGGUAUGAUCGCAGGAUCAUCUUUAGGUGGGACCCUCAGCACACGCUUCGGGGAAAAGUUUGCAGCAUCUUUUGCAGCUGUGGGAAGCUUUGUUUCUUUGCUGUUGGUGUUGAACUUCAUCCCUAAACAGACCAAAAUACACGCUACGUGGGAGAGCGACAAGAGGGGGUCGUCUAAAUCCGUGUUUAAUCUGGGGGAGAUCACCAGAUUGAUGAAGUUUCCAGGUGUUUCCAAGACUUUUACAGUGAAGAUUAUCUCUGGAUUACCAUCAGGUAUAUUUCAAGUUAUGUUCUCCAUCAUUGCCAUGAACUUCUUCCAACUUCAGGCAGAGCAGAAUGGCUAUCUUAUGGCCUACUUUGGCAUAGUGCAAAUGGUGAUCCAAGGUGCUGUAAUCGGACGUCUAACAUCUAGAUUUUCAGAGUUUUCUUUACUGCUGCUUUCUGUUGGGAUCUCCAGUCUAGUUGGCCUUGGACUGGCUAUGAUGACUAAUGUGUUUCAGUUUUGUUUCAUCGUGAUACCGAUGAUGUUUUCUCUCAGUGUCUUCAAUGUCAUCACAGAUAGCAUGUUGACCAAGAGCGUCUCUCCAUCUGACACAGGAACGAUGCUGGGUCUAUGUGCUUCAGCGCAAUCUCUUUUGAGAACAGUGGGCCCAACCAUUGGAGGAUUUCUCUAUGAGACAUAUGGUGUGCCAUCCUUUGGAUACAUCAAGUUUGCCACCAACGCUGCUGUUUUUUGCUUUCUGCUUUCCACCGGAGGGCGCCCACAGCCGUAUAGACCAUGAAGAUGUUAAAAAAGGGUUGUUUGAGUGCAGUGUGUACAUUUUAUGAGAGAUGGCAUUUAACAACAAACCAUGGGCAUUUAAUUUACCUCCUUACAUAUUGGAGAAGAAUUCAAUCACAUAUAGGCCAGCAAAUCUUAGUUUUGCAAAUACCAUAGACCUUUCAAAUAUCUUAUGUUACUGUCAGAUUGCUCUUCUUUAUAUAAUAAGUGAGUUACACAACAUGUUGAUCUCUUUUUUUUUUUCCCCACUUCAGCGAAUACUUUUUUUUAAAUUGUUUUUUAAAUUGUUAUCUGAAGAGCAGCUUGCAUGUAAAGGUGUUCUACUGUAGAUCAGUACAAAGCAAUGAAGUAUGGUAUAUCUGUGUGAUAUACUCUUAUUUAACCAACCCCGCAUUAUGCAGUAAUGGAUGCAUCACAUGAAAGGACAAAAAUGUAUCCUUGAAUUACAAUCCAAUAUCAUCAUAAUUAACAUUGUAUUUGAAAUUCCUUGAAUAAAUGUGCAAUAAAAUCACAUUUUUCAAUUCAGUUUAAUUUUUUUCCCCCGUCCUUUGAUAGAUAUGCACUCAUGUUAAACUGCAAUGCAACUCCUCCUAACUUCUGCAAAAUCUCCCAAACCUAUUGAGAUUAAAUUUGCUCAUUUUAUUUUACAGCACCAGAUUUAAUACUGAAGAGCACCCCAUUUCACAUCUGUCAACACUUGUAUAUAUGUGCCAACACACCAUUAGCACAUUACAAUAUAUUCUGGACUUUGGACAGUAUAUCACUAUACAAUAGCCACAAACAGCUACUGAAUUCUUAUAUAGUGUAUGAACAUAUGGUGCCAUGAAAAGAUCAGAUGGCUAAGGUUGCUACUUAUAAUUCAAAUUCUCUUUUAACCCUUAAUCGCAUACCCCAGGUCUUUCAUGACCCGGGACCUCAUUCCACUCCCUGUACCGCAUCCAUUUUAUUUUUUUUUAUUUUUUUUGGAGUUGUGCCCACACCUCUUUAGUAUUCCUCAAUCUCUCUCUCUUGUUAAGAGUGUAACACCAAAAAAUGGCCAAAAUUGCAAAAAUAAAUAAGAGAGAGAGAGAGACCCUAGGUAUGUAAUAGUGUCAGGUUUUUAUUUUAAUUUUUUACACUUCCAUAAAUUAUAUUUUUAUGAUCGUUUCAUAUCUAUACAAGUUUACUAUCCCAGGAUAUCUAUUUAUUUGUUUAUUAGAAGAGGAAUUAGUACUAUAUUCAUACAAAUAAAUACUAUAUCAUGUUGAUUUUCUGUGCAACAAUGAAGUAACAUUGAUUUAUCUGAUGAAUCAGUAUUACAUAUGCGUGUACAUUAUAUUAUAAUGUAUUUGUUAUAUGUUAUUUCUUACUCAAGGUGGCGCUGUUGUUUAAGUGAUUGAAUUGAUUUACAUUUGACAUGCUAUUUUAUGAAGAAACAACACUGAAGUAAACUUAUAGCAAGUACAACACAUGAACAGUAUGAUAUGACUGCUGUCAUUUGUGUGUACUACUGAAAUUAUGUAGGUUGUGCAUCUAUUUGGACUCAAUAAGUGCCUGAGAAAGUACUUAUGUGUAACUUAUCAUGUGUUAUGUGUAGCUCAAUGUGUUUUUGACAGCCUGUUGCAUCUCAUGAAAUUUCAGUGUGAAAGUAAUGAAUCCCGAUUUGUUGCAUUUUCUCUUUGAUAUAUGAAAAAUAAAACAU